UGCGCGCUCUGAAGCUGCUUAUCUCGAGCAGCUCAGAGCUUCCGUUAUCCCGAAAAAUCACACUGCCGCAAAGCUCCCAGUCGUGUUUAGGACAGGCAAAAAGCACGGUGGGGCCUAUUUCUCUGAAUCUUCGCACUUUUUGUCAACAUAGAGUUAUACAUUCCAAUAUAUUUUGGCUCCUGUGUUCUUUUAUUUCUGCAGACGGGUUAGGAGACAUCUACAAGCAAGAUCAUGGGAGAGGAUUGAAAGCCAUAUUCGGGGAAAGUACCGAAGAACUGGUUAAACGCAAUAUAUGGUCUUUAGGGUCUUUUGGUACCUCGGAACAGUACUUUGAAUCGCUGCUGGUUGUGUUACGGAUUUUUUUUUUCCAUUCUCUUAUCGGAGUUCAGGGAUUGCAUUGUUUGGAAACUGUGGCGUUAUGUCUUCAGGAUAAAUCUGCUAUGUGUUUGAUCUGGGAAAUACCUCGUGGAAGGUGUACAGCUGGAAAUAGACUAGGGAGCUUCGAAGUCUGUAUUUAAUCGCCGAUUUCUGUGCCUAAUAUACAUGGAAUGAAAGACGAAGAAUGGAUGUUAUUUGGGAAAUACUUAUUCUUCUUCAAGCCAAUUUUAUCAUCCACAUCCCAGCAGCACAGCCAAAUCCACCAAAAAUUCAUGAAGGCUGGUGGGCGUAUAAAGAAGUCGUCCAAGGGAGCUUUGUUCCAGUGCCAUCUUUCUGGGGUCUAGUAAACUCCGCCUGGAACCUCUGUUCAGUGGGAAAGCGACAGUCUCCAGUGAACAUAGAAACCAGCCAUAUGAUCUUUGACCCCUUUCUUACUCCCCUGCGCCUCAACACAGGCGGACGCAAGGUGGGUGGGACUAUGUACAAUACCGGGCGUCACGUCUCUCUGCGCCUGGAUAAAGAGCAUCUGGUGAACAUCUCUGGUGGGCCAAUGACCUACAGCCACCGGUUGGAGGAGAUCCGGCUACACUUCGGCAGCGAGGAUGGCCAGGGCUCUGAGCAUCUCCUCAACGGACAGGCCUUCUCCGGGGAGGUCCAGCUAAUACAUUAUAACCAUGAGCUGUAUACUAACUACACAGAGGCAGCAAAAAGUCCAAAUGGAUUGGUGAUUGUAUCUAUAUUCAUGAAGAUAUCUGAGUCUUCAAAUCCAUUUCUAAACCGUAUGUUGAAUAGAGACACCAUCACCAGAAUAACAUAUAAGAAUGAUGCGUACUUACUAACUGGAUUAAACAUCGAGGAGGUAUAUCCCGAGACCUCAAGUUUUAUCACGUACGACGGAUCAAUGACCAUUCCGCCAUGCUACGAAACUGCGACAUGGAUCCUGAUGAACAAACCCGUGUAUGUGACGAGGAUGCAGAUGCACUCUCUCCGUCUGCUCAGUCAGAACCAGCCCUCGCAGAUCUUCCUCAGCAUGAGUGACAAUGUGCGGCCUGCACAGCCUCUCAACAACCGCUGCAUCCGGACCAACAUCAACUUUAGCAUGCAGGGAAAGGACUGUCCCAACAACAGGGCUCAGAAGCUACAGUAUCGAGAUGAGGCUGCACGCAUGCCGUUUACCAUAUCCUUUUGUCUGUUUCAGCUAAUAUAUCUCCGCAAUAGCUGCACAAAACGUGAAUUUUACCCUGCGCAUAAAUAAUUGAGGUCAGGAGUUAAUGAAUGGCUUCUAAAAUAGAAUCCCUUUGAUGAUCAAAGAUAUGAGUAUUUUGAGAAAAAGCAAGAACAAGUGGCAAAAAAACAGCUUCUAACAGGAUCAAGACUGCAUUGCUUUUUUUCCUGCCAGGUUUCAUGACAUCAUGUUAUUAAAAUAAAACAUAAGCGAGAAAAGACUUUGCCGUUACCAGCAGAAAUCCUAAUUUCAUACUUCAAGAACAUUUUAAUCAAACACUGAGUAGUCAAAAAAUAUGAUCUAUAAAAAAAAUGUUUUGAUACCUAACUUUUUGGGAGAAAAACUAAUUUAAAAUGUAAGAAAAAGACAGCCGUGUCACCAGUGGAAAUAAAUGUGACUUUUUAGCCUUUGUACAUAUGAACACCUUGCAGAAAAAUCAAACGGAAGCGGACAUGUCAGUCGGGAGGACGACCGCAAAGGCUUCAGAACUACAUUUUGUCAUUGUAUUGAAAAGGCAUGCAGGUCGCAAGGGGUCGGCAGGGCACAAGCUGUGCGUCUGUGUCUUCAGCGAUCUCAAAUCAAGCUAUGUUAGAUAAACAUUGAACAAUACUGUCUGUGUGAAACUGAGUGUUUUGGCCUUGUAAAUAUCCUUAUUAUUAUUAUCAUUAUUAUUAUGAUUAUUAUUAUUACUAAUGCUGAAAAUGAAUAAACAAAAUGGAAACAAAAAAACUAAGAGGAAAAAUAUGAAUAGAGUUGAGUAUUUUACGCUUGGCGCACUUUGAAUUCUGGAGCAGUUCUGAAGCUGAUGCCUUUUUCUGUUUUAUUGUUUACAAUGGUCAUACACUGUGUUUGAUUAAUGUUAUUGGCCCAAUAAAUGUGUUUGGAAAGUUCAUUUUUUUGUAAAUAUGCCUGCCUAUGUCUGUCCAGUUUUUGU